AUAUUCCCCUCUCCCUCUUUCUCCCUCUCUCGAACCCAACCACCCUUCUUUUAAGCUGCUUCUUUUCAUGCAUUGUUCAUAUAUAGGAAUUAGACGAUACACUUCACAAUUUUCCUUCUUAAAACAACGUCUCUUAGAUUUUUUUUUUUCUUUUUUUUGUUCCCCUCAUAGAUUUAGACGCAUGCCAGAUCAAGAUGGGUCGUGUUAAGUUGGAGAUAAAGAGAAUAGAAAACAACACUAAUCGACAAGUUACAUUCUCAAAGCGUAGAAAUGGACUCAUUAAGAAAGCUUAUGAGCUUUCCAUCCUUUGUGAUAUUGACAUUGCUCUUAUCAUGUUCUCUCCCUCUGGUCGCCUUAGCCAUUUUUCCGGCAAAAGAAGGAUUGAGGAUGUGUUCACUCGCUACAUUAAUCUCCCCGACCAAGAAAGAGAGCACGCUAUAAUUUUUCCUGAUCACAACAGACACCCCGAUCUUCAAAACAAAGAGGUCAGAUGCAUGAUAUCUAGCAAUUAUUUGCUAAGGGUCCUUCAGCAACUAAGAAGUGAAAAUGAUAUUGCUCUACAACUUGCCAAUCCUACUGCUGUUAGCUCGGAAAUUGAGGAGCUUCAACAGGAAAUUGGUGGGCUACAACAACAACUUCAAAUGGCUGAGGAGCAGAUAAGGAUAUAUGAGCCAGAUCCACUAAAAAUGACAUCUACGGCGGAGAUUGAAUCCUGUGAGAAAAGCCUAAUGGACACAUUGACGAGUGUUAUGCAGAGAAAGGAAUAUUUGUUGAGCAAUCAUCUAUCUUCCUAUGAUCCCUCAGGAAUACAGCAAGUGUUGCCAGGCUCCUUCGAGAAUGAGGUGGCAGGUUGGUUGUCUAGCGCUGGUCACAACCAAGCCCAAAUUUACGAUGCAUCUGCUCCCUUGGAGCAUCAACUUAGGAAUUUGUCAUCGACACUGUAUGAUCCGUUUUCACAAGGACCAAGUUCGAAUGCAGAUCCAAGUACCAUAGCGCAGUGUCAUGUGAGUGUCGCAAAUGCUAGUGAUGGAGAGCUUUCAUCUUGGCCUCAGACUUACACUACUUCCUCAGGACACCCCUCCACCCUCAUUUCUCCAACCUUGUUGCCACAAUAUCAGCAUUCGAUGGUAGGCUCCAACAUGGCAGAAAUAAUGCCACAUGAGCAGGUGGAGAUCCCAGUUAGCAGCUCCAGUGUACAAGCUUACAAUGAAGCUGCAGAUUAUAAUCAUGAAAACAAAGUUCCUCAGCUUAAUGGGCAUUGA